AUGUCGCAGGCUAAGCUCACUAUCCGCCCGCCGCCCCACCUCCCAUGUGUCCAGGGCUUCCCUGGCAUCCCCGGCUGUGCGACGCGCUCGGCGGCCUACAUCGCCGGCACGGUCGAGGUGCGCCUCGGGCACAAAGGCCUCAAAGCAUCGUGGCUACGCAUCGAGCUGCGCAAGCUCGAGAGCGUCCCCGGCGGUGAGUACUGGGGCGAACUCAUCGGGCGCGGCCCGAUCGACGUCUGGAUGGCGCGCGGAAGCGGUGGCAGCGCUAGCGCUAGCGCCAGCGCACGGCCUUCCAUCACCGCAAGUCCUUCGUUGAGCGAAAAGUCACAUCGCCGCUUCGGCAGCUUGCUCGGAGGAGGAGGCGGGAGUGCUGGCCAGCAUCCGUUGGACUUGAACGAAGGCGACGAGGAAGGCUGGGAGCUUCUCCAGAAUGCCGACUUCCCCUUUCGCGUGCAGAUCCCCGAGGGCCUCCCCCCCUCGGCCAAGGUGGACAAGGCUUGCGAGAUCGCAUACGAGCUCGUCGCCUCGCUGUGUAUCAAAACCAAGAAGGGCAUCCUACGCAAGGAGAGCGUCAGCAGCAUCAUUCAGUCGACGUACCCGAUCGUCCUGGAGAAGCACGAGCUGCAUAGCCUAUGGCCCAUGUACCAUUGCGCUGACGACCACGAGACGGCCGAGGACGAGAUCAAGAUGAAGGUCUUCCGCCAGCAGACAUGCUACGGCCCAGGCGACGCCGUCAAUGUGCGCAUCGUCGUGCUGUCCAACAACCCGCAGCCGCAUAAGCUCAAAAGCAUCAGCUUCAGCAUCAAGGAGACUGUCACCUUCAAAGGCGGCACCUCCCGUGGGUCUGCAGGGAGAGGCGGCGCCAGCACUGGCGCGCACGGCGGUCGCGGUGCAGCCGUAUGGGGGCUCAACACCGCCAGGAGCGCCAGCCAGCGGGCCGAGACGCUGACCGGCAAGGGACGGACACUGGGCAAGCGCAUCUACAAGGGCGACUCGCACAUGUUCGACCUGUCCGCUGUGAUUCCCAAGAACUACAGCCUCAUGACGAUCAGCACGGCAAAGCACAUCGAGGUGUCGUACACCAUGCGCGUCUGCCUUGAGCUGCAAAAGGGGAGCAUCGUGCUGGACCACCUUCCGAUGACCAUCUCGUCCUUCACACGCGAAGAAUCCAAGGUGCUUCUCGAGAAGAUCGGCUACGUCGCCGGCCUGUCCGACGUGGACAACUUGAGCGGCAGCGGAUACGGCCAGGGCCCGUAUGCCGGUAGCAUCAACGGGGGUCAGGGCCAGGCGGCCGCUGGGGCCACUCAGCCAGGGGACCGCGGCUCGACAUCCGGCGGCGCGAGCAUCAACCCAUCCGAGUCGACGCAUGCCUUCAGCGUCGGCAACAGCGCCGGUUCCGAAGGCUUCGGCCUGAGGCACCAGUCGCGGCAGCUGUCAGAUGGUUUUACGGGCAUCGGUACCAGCGCAGCAGCAGAUGGAGGGGCAGGGGCGGGGGCAGGGGCAGGAUACCCGUCUCAGCAGUUCCCGCCGGGUGGGAGACCAUCCCACAGCCCGUUGCGCUCGACGUCAGCGUCCGCCGCGCCGCGCCACGGCCCCAUCUCUCGUACCAUGAGCGUGCUCUCUUCCAUCACGGGCAUCUCGACCAGCACCUCCAGCGGGCCGGGACUUGCCGGUCGCGGCAUCCCGCAGCAAAUCCACAGCUGGGGCGCGCUCGGCAGUGCCCACCCGUACGUCGUCACGGCGCCCAAUGGCUUUGCGGUCCCCGUCGGCGUGUUCGAGAACCCAAACGCGACGGCCGCGCGGCCGGCCAUGCUGAGUAGCCCUCAGGACGAGGACCUGCAUGCGGGCGAGCGUCUCGCACUCUUCCACGCCAGCCAGCGCCCCAACAGCGCUGCCAUGCUCGGCCUCGACCCGGACGAGCUCGGACGCACCGGCGGAAUCAACUUCCACCGCAGCCUUAGCAAUGACGGCGGCAUCGGCGCCGGACCCGACCCACGCGAGCGCAAGACCUCCCUCUCGGCGUUCAAGCGCCCUGAGCUAUCCAUCAACACCAACACCACCUCGCAGAGUGCGUCGUCCAAAAUCUUCCAGCGCCUCCGCCGCCUCUCCAACUCGGAACAGCAGCAGCACAUGCACAGCGCACCAAGCGGCAGCGGGCCGUACCCGCCGCGCGCGGGCGGGGGCCAAGCCGUAGCGGCAGCAGCAGCGAGUAUUGUGAGACGCUCAUCCAUGGACUCGCAGAGCCGCAGCAGUUUCGUCGUCCUCAAGACCAGCAUCAGCGGUAACCUCAAAAUCGGCCGGCCGAGCACGGCCGAGUCCAGCAGCAUUCCGCCUGAGUCGCAACAGUACGUGCCGGCCGCCCGGCCCGCAGGUGCGGUGGCGCAGGGAUCCAUUCAGCCGGCGGCGGCGGCGGCGGCCAAGUUGGCCGAGCAAGAACAGACCGCAUUCUACGAGCGCGCGCAACAGAUCGUGGAGAAGAACCAGCAAAUAGCGAACGAGAUGCGCGAUAGCGUCGCCAUGCUUGGCAGCAGCUCCAGCGCCGCGGCGCUUGACUUUGGUGGUAGCCCGUCCGCUCCCGGCGCGCUGCCCCCCGCGAUCGGCCCGAUGACCGCCGAGCAGGAGAAACUGAGCCUCUGGCAAAGGGCUCGCAAGCAGGCCGAGAAGUACCAGGCUGGCUUCACCAAGGGUGCACAGUUCCCUAAAAGUCAAGCCCUGAGCAGGCAGAACUCGUACGGCCCCCCUUUUGCGGCCCCCGUCGUGCCCAUAAACGCCUCGACCUCGGCUAAUGCCUCCGCCAAUCCAUACCUCUCGGCGGCAGAACAAAGCUCGGCAGCACCCGUGCCAGCAACAGCCUCUGGAUCUGGGUCUGGAUCUGGGUCUGGAUCUGGGUCUGGAUCUGGGUCUGGAUCUGGGUCUGGAUCUGGGUCUGGAUCUGGGUCUGGAUCCGGUUACGCCUCCGCUUCCUUGGCACCUCCUGUCGCGCCAAGCGCCGAACCAUCUUCAAUCAUACCUCACUCGACGAUGGCGUCGCCUUCCGCAGGUAAUGGCGGCUGGCUGUCUGCUUCCGAGGAAAAGGAGAGGCUGUACCAGAGGGCACGCCAGGAGACGCAGCAGUACCAUUCUGGCAACAACACCGGCGCCUACCUCCCUGAGCUUGAAGAUGAGAUCGCAGGCGGAGCGUCCGGAGAAGGAAGCUCCAGCGCUGCGGCAAGCAUGCGCUCGCAAGGCGCCGGCGGGGGUGCGGCCCUGGCCCCGGGGCCCGGCCCCUUUGCAUUGUCAUCAUCCAGCCACGCCUUCCCAAACAGCUCAUUGCAGGCACAGAUGCCAUUUUAUGGUGCCAGCGCGAGCAACAGCAGCAACCAGAUGACCGUGGGUGGCAUUGACUGGAGUGACAGUAAGAAUGAAAAGGAGAGGCUCUAUCACCAUGCUCAAGCGCAGGCGGCAGGCUAUCAGACCGCAUACCGUACAGCGCUCGAAGGCAAAGCUGAAAGUGCCUCACAAGGUCACUACCAAGCCGGCGCAUCCGGGAGUGGAAAUGCUGGUGGUAAUGCAUCGUCCAGCCAAGCGACAGCCUCGUCUUCCACCUUCGAUCCGUCGCUACAGUUCAUGAGUGCUGAAGACGAAAAGGCGCAGAUCAAGCGCUUCCUCGAGGCUCGUGAAGCUGUCGCACAGCACCAGGCCGGCGCCGGAGCUAACUUGCAGAGAUCGUGGACGCAAAAGUAUUCCAAGUACGAAAGCGCACCGGUCCCCGAGUAUGCCAACACGAUCAAGGAUGAGGACCUCGAGGACUCUGCUGGGGACAUAUCUGGCACGCAGCAGCAAGAUAGGACAGCCGUCCCAUCUGUACCUGCAGUACCUUCGGCGCUGCGACCUGGCUCCGCUGGUGGCCUGGCUCUCGCCAACCCUCCCAUAUCGGAAAAGGAGAGGCUCAAGCAGCAUUAUGCUGCACUGGACGCAGCAGCCGGCGUCGGCAACGCCGCUUCGCCAGUGUCGACUGUCGUAGCCAACGCGGCGCCAGCUGCGACCACUGCGCCGAAUGCUGGAUCCAUCGCCCCGCCACAUGCUCUCUCGCACGAUGAUUUGUCUGAAAAGGAAAAGCUCAAACGACACUAUGCUGCACUUGAUGCUCAACUCGCUGCUGCUCAAUCCAAGCCGCAGACGACGCCUGGGCAGGCGCCAGCUGGACCUAUGUCUCAGUCGAGCUAUGCACCUGCACCUGCAGUCUCGUGGACUGCUCAGCAGCCAGCAGUGUCCCCCGUGUCCAUGUCAGCACUGGCAACUUCGCGACCCAGCCUGAUCCCGCCGCCACCCGCAACGGGAUCUUCAGGCUUCUCCUCGGCAGAGUACGAGAAAGAACAGCUUCGCUUGUAUUACGCUGCGAGGGAUGCAUCCGAAAGCGGCGCCAGCGCUUUCGCGGGCCCUUCCGGCUCUCAACCCGGCAAUGCUGAAUCCAUGCCCGUAGGGUCAAAGCGGCCGCUCCCUCCUAUUCGUCCCCCAGCGGCCCCUGGGCCCACAACAACGAGCCCGCCGGUCCCUACCUCGAUCGUUCUGCAGCGCAUGUCGCUGCCUCAGACUCCACCUGUACCUCCUCCUAUACCGUCAGAAGCGUCAGCGUCUUCGGAGCCACCGCCACCACAACCUCCGCCCAAACCAGCGCCAACAACAGAGCGGGCAGGGCAGGAGCAUAUUGAAGAAACGCGCGCUGAGAAGGACGGGAAAAAGACGAUUAAUGAUGAGCCGCUGGAUAAGUGGCUCGACUCAGAUUCCGACUCGGGUACUGAAGUGAACCUGCCAUCCGGCGCACACGAAGGCAAGCAGCGGGCACGCAGUCCCGAGACAGAGCCAACGCUCGCCCUUCCGUCGCUCGAUUUUGGAGGCUUCAACUUUGAUUGGGGUGACUCGGGUCUCUUGACUGGUGCCGCUGCUGUGCCAUCUUUCCCCGCAGCCUUCAAACCAACUAGCGCAAGUGAAACGAUAGAUGUCAAGCAGGUGCAGCGACCAAAGCCAUGGGCCACCCAAUCGGGUUCUGCCUCCCCACCACUCAGGAGAUCGACAGACAGCAGGGCUGCGCCCGAUGCUCCUGAGCCCGCCGACUAUGGCUCCGGCAUCGUAAACGGCACGCUGCUGAGCGCCAGCGAGUCGCAGGGAACUGUCAUGAGUAUCGCUGACGGAGAUGGAGGCACUUUCAAGGUCAUGCUGUCCACGCUUGCGCCGAGUCGCAGCAGCUUCAUCUUCGAUCCCAGUGCCAAGGUUACAUUUGGCCGCAAGGGAAGUAUCGUCCGUAGGCCGCAGCACCAACCUUCGAUCUACGAUCCAAAGGUUGCCAAUAACCCUUGGGGCAUCGAGGAGGAAGAUGACGCAGAGCUGUCUGGCGCUCCCAUCGUGCACACUCAAAGGGCCGGAGUCAAGCUCAUGGCACUGCCGCCUCCGCCUCUUCCUCCCAAGCUCGCCCGGGCGGCCUAG